GAGGAUUACCACACUGAAAAUAGUGCGAUUGACAAGAGAAUUCGCAUCCCGAUACCGUAUCUAGAUUUUCGCACGACGUUUUCAGCGUUGAUCAUCGAUGAUUUUCCACGGUUGUCCAAUGGAUUAUUGCUGAUUUGCGCCACGGUGACCCAGGAAAAUCGCGAUUAGUUGGAGACAUCAGCUCAAGAUCUGAAAGUGAGAUCACUCGAGAGGAUCGCUGUCACCGUGGACGGAGAUGAAGACACUAAAGGAGCCCCCGUACCUGACCGUGGGCACGGACGUGAGUGCCAAAUACAGAGGGGCGUUCUGUGAAGCCAAGAUAAAGACUGCCAAGAGACUGGUCAAGGCGAAGGUCACCUUCAAACCCGAUUCGUCCACUGCCGAGGUGCACGAUGAACACAUCAGAGGAGUUCUCAAGGUGGGCGCUGUGGUUGAAGCAAAGAACCAGGACGGUAUCUACCAGGAGGCAACCAUCAACAAACUCACAGACGCUAGUUUGUACACCGUCGUGUUUGAUGACGGUGAUGAGAAGACCCUCCGGCGUUCAUCUCUCUGUCUGAAAGGAGCGCGACACUUCGCUGAGAGUGAGACACUCGACCGGCUUCCUCUUACGAACCCUGAACACUUCGGCACACCUGUCAUCGGCAAAAAAGGAAGCCGUGGAGGCAGACGGUCCAAACCUAUUCGAGAGGAAGAGUCAUCUUCAUCAUCCAGUGAGGAAGAGGAGGGUGAUCAGCAACAGAACGAAGAACUUUACGGCAAGGUGGUGUGUGUGGAAGGAGUCAUCACUAGUGACAAAAAGAAACCCACAUGGUACCCUGCGCUGGUCAUCUCUCCAGACUGUCAUGAAGAUGUGACGCUGAAGAAAGACAACGUUUUUGUACGCUCCUUCAAAGAUGGAAAAUUUUACACGGUUUUGCGAAAAGACAUCAGAAAGCUGGAUGAAGAGAAAGCUCCUAAAGCAGAUGCAGGACUCAAACCAGCGUUAGAUGCAGCGUGGGAGUUCCAGCGCAUUGGUACCGUGCCCAACACAUGGAGGACUGAGGUGAAGGACGAAAGCUCCGGCAGUGAGGAAGAUGAUGAUGAAGAAGAGGAGGAAGAACAGGAGGAAGAGGGCAGCAGUGAGGAGGAAGAGGAGGAGGUGGAGCCGUUCCCAGAGGAGAGAGAAAACUUCCUGCAACAGCUUUACAAAUUUAUGGAGGAUAGAGGAACGCCUAUAAAUAAAAAGCCUGUGCUGGGAUACAAGAAUCUGAAUCUUUUUAAACUCUACAGGCUGGUGCAUAAGCUCGGUGGAUUUGACAAUAUUGAGAGCGGAUCCGUGUGGAAACAGGUGUAUCAGGAUCUGGGCAUCCCCGUGCUGAACUCUGCUGCUGGAUACAAUGUCAAAUGUGCCUACAGAAAGUACAUGUAUGGCUUUGAGGACUACUGCACUUCCACGGGAAUCACAUUCCGCAUGGAUUUGCCAUAUAAGACCGGUGAGAAGACGGGCUCUAAGACUGAGGUGAAUGCAGAGGUAACAGCCAGCGGUGGUGACAGUAUCUCUUUAAGCACAGCCAUCACAGAAGACCAGAAACCCCUCAAAGAACCUGAAACCUCCAACACACAGCAUGCGGUCAAGGAGGAGAAGACCGAAGCUACAGCACAAUGUGAAGGUAAAGUGGACAUCAACAGUGUAGAUGAGGAAGACGAUAACCACGCCGAUGAAGACGAGAAUUAUACGAACGAAGAUGCCCAAAAACCAAUGGCCAAAGAGAGCGACCUACCUGCGGAGAGUACGCCGACAGAGAACGUGAAGGAGGAACCGCGUGAAGAACCGGACAACAAAGAUCUGUCAGGGGAUGACAGCAGUCAGGAGUGGGAGGAAGGGGAGGAGUUUGAGUGUUACCCUCCUGGGAUGAAGGUGCAGGUGAGGUAUGGGCGAGGCCACAAUCAGAAGACGUACCAAGCCACUGUGAAAGAGUCAGACCUGGAGGGGGGAGAGGUGCUCUACCUGGUGCACUACUGUGGCUGGAAUGUCAGGUAUGAUGAGUGGAUCAAAGCUGAUAAAAUUGUCCGACCAGCUAACAAGAAUGUCCCCAAAAUAAAGCAUCGCAAAAAAAUAAAGAAUAAAGCAGAACGAGAGAGAGACCGAAUAGGCAGACUGACAGACAGAGAGGAUCUUCCUCCCUCCAAAAAUCGCAUCAGUAGAUUGUCUAAACCCAACUCUGGCCAUGAUGUUUUCUCAAAGAUGGGGGAGUGUGGCGAAAACAGGGGCCAGCAGACGCCAAUCAAGCCCAUAGAAAUCACAUCCAUUCUCAACGGUCUCCCAGCAUCUGAGAGCUCUUCAGAUGACAGUGAACGAGAGGAGGACGGUGAAGCUGAUCACGAUGAAGAGGAUCAUCCAAGUGGACGAUCAGGUCUUCGGAAAGGAGCUCCUCCAGAGCACUCACAUUCACCACAGCACUGGGAGAGUGGAAGCCCAUCGGAGGCCUUCAAAGCACAAUCAGGUUUGGACAACACCCAGGAACUGAUCCCCCAGGAAACCCCAGAACCAGGCAAGAGGAGGGGGCGAUUUGAGGUUGAGGUGGAAGGCUCCAGCACCAGAAAGAAAAAAGCAGAAGCUCUAGGGGAACGCUCUUUGAAGAGCCCAUCAAAAGUUAAACCUAGAGGCAGCAGAGGUGGAGACUGGCUGCCCAGUAGUUCGCCCAAAAAGCUUGAAGAAAGAGGCCCUGGAGAGGAUAGAGGUGCUCAGUCAUGUAGCAGUUCUGAAGACGAAGCAGAUCCUCCAACUGAACCUCAGGCCAAGGAAGAGCCAGGCCUUCCCAAAACCAAGGGCUCCCUGUCAAAGAAGUACAACGGGAUUAAAGAGAAGAAUAAGGGUGGACGUUCAGGAUACUGGGAGAUCCCUGAGAAAAGAGCCAAAAUGUCAGCAGGGAUAGAGGAGAGGACGCCCAGUUGUCGUACCAAAGGCCAGAAGGAUGUCUGGUCCAGUAUCCAGGUUCAGUGGCCGAAGAAGACUCUGAAAGAGUUGUUUUCAGACUCUGACACCGAGGCUGCCAACUCACCUCAGCCUGCGGCGACCGCUCCAGACGAGCCAUGCACUGAACCAGCACAAGACAACGAUAUAGACGAGGAACAGCUGGAGAAGAUUCAGGAGCAUCCCAGCAGCGGAACCAACUCAGUCCUCAAUACGCCACCUACUACACCCGAGUCACCCACCAUGGGCGAGGGACCCGCAGAGGUUCUAGCAGAGAUUCCACCGCCCUCACCACCAUCUGAAUUACCCGCCAGUCCUCAAAUUGUUUCCUUACCGUCAGAACCUCUGGUUGAGGAGAGGGCAGGGGGUCGCAGCGAGUCCGACAGUAGCACAGUGGAGGUCGAGAGUUUGGGUGGAGAAAUCCAGGAGAUGCCUCAAGAAGAGGGGGCAGGUUCCCCCUCCAAGGCCUUUGAUGGCAACUUGUUCUGCAACAGUAACAGCAACUGUAGCCUAACUCUCAGCAACAGCAGUCAGCAAGAGAGCGAGCAGAAAGCCAAAGCGUCAUCCAGUCAGAAGCGGCACAAAGAGUCUCAAGGGGGCGGAGCUUCAAAGAAACACAAGCGCAGCCAUAAAAGCCUGAGCUUACAUCCCAAAAAGAACCGCAAACCAGCUCACAGCAGUGACAGUGAAGACCAGUCCAUCAGCGAGAGCACUGCCAAAUCUCCAACAUCUAAGAGCAACAGCGACCUGAAGUCAGCCAUCUCACACAAGUGCUCUGGACGAAUGCCCCCUUCAGGCCACAAAUAUGAGCAUUCCCACAGCAGAGAGCAGCACGGGAGGACCAAGAGAAGUUUUCAGAUGUCUGACCUGGAAAAGAUGAGCAGUCUGGAGCGGAUAGCAUUCCUUCAGGAGAAACUGCAGGACAUCCGGAAUCACUACCUCUCGCUCAAAUCUGAGGUGGCCUCCAUUGACAGGAGACGAAAGCGCAUGAAGAAGAAAGAGAGAGAGAGUGCGACAGCAGCAUCGUCGUCAUCCUCUUCACCGUCCUCAUCCUCGCUGACGGCUGCUGUCAUGCUGACGUUGGCCGACCCGACGGUUUCAGGCACUUCGCAAAACUCUGGGGUUUCCGUGGAGUGCAGGUGACACGAGUCGAAUGCCAUCCAGCUGCACAAGAGCACUUAACCAGCACCCGACCCGGCUCGGCCCGUCCCUGCACUAUCGGAGCGAAAGACGGACACAAAAACGGGCCGCAAAAAUGACCGAAACAAUAGCCACCAGAUGACAGCAACAAGCACUAUUUUAUAUCGACAACUGUUUCCUUGGCAAGCUAAUUGCACUCAAGUGCACUUUUUCCUGGAUGGGGUGGGUCGGGUUUGACAGUAAGACUCUAUUUUGAUUUUUGGUAUGGUAUGAUCAUUAAUUAUGUCCAUAAUGAUGAAAUAUUCGAUCCUUUCAUUUGAACAUUAAUUCAGCGAACUACAGUGAUUGAACACUGUAUUACAUAUUCAACUUUUAAUGCAAGAAGACUUCACCCCUCCAUCACAGUCGGUGUCCCCCUCAUUGGUCCAAAAGUAGUUUGAGCAGGACAGUUGUUUAUAAAUGCUGAAAUUCCCUGACAGCCAUUUAACAGGUGAAAGUCAAUAGAUGCUACAGUGCCUUAAAGUUCAGCUCUUUGGGGCACGCGUGAGGAAUGCUGGGAAAAGUCAGUGCAGGAUAACGUGUAAGUGGAGGGGUCGAUGUAUGUUUCAUAAGCUAAUUUAAUUCAUUAAAAUAUCUUAAAUGUACUGCACAUAGAGUGAAUCUCACAAAACCUCUCAAGAACAAAUUUCACCCCAAAAUCAAAAGAAAGAAAUACAGAAAUUACUUAAGAAACGCUUAAAAAUUGAAGCCUUUAAAGACCAUUAAGAGUUUUUGCAUUGUGAUAUUAUUUUCAUGAAGGCGAAGCAUACCUGGUUUUCUACGUGCUGGUACGUCCCGCACACAGUAAGUACGAUGCGUGAUGCAUCACGGGAUAGUAUGCGCGGACUAUGAUGACACAAUUUGCGCAGGACGUAGUUGCUUAUACGGCAGAACGUGUCCGUAUGGACUCACAGUCAAAAAAGUACAAUGAGUGCGAGACGAAACAGCACGCUAAACAUUACGUAUACCCUAUUCUUGACAUUUAAACAGUUCUUAAAUGCAAAAAUCCUUAUUUUUAUUACUGUAAUGUAAAAAUAAUAACGUUUAGUAAUAAUAAUCCUGGUAGUGUUCUCACGAAACCUUUCAAGAAAAUGUUCUGGUCAUAUUUAAGCCCAAAUGAACAAAAUAAAUAAAGCCUAUAUUUAGAUUUCUUUAUUUUUAUUUAUUUAUUUAUUAGUUUUUUGCAUUGUGACAUUAUUUAAAGAAUAUUGAAGCACAUUUUAGUCCACAGUUAUCAUAACUGCAAUGCAUCCGGAUGUUUUACUUUUACUCUUCCCGUUGUUUUCAAUGAUAAUUCUCAUUACCGUAACCGCAUUACAACAAAAAUAAAAAAGAUGCUGUUUUUUUUAUUAAAAUGAGUUAAAAUGAAAGGCAGUACCAAGAGAGCACUACUAGGAUGGAUAAAUACUUAAUUUAAAUAGUCUAGCUUUUUUUUUUUUACAUUGCGGAAAUGGGAACUGGGAAGUAAAAUGUCCAUAACUGUAACGAAAAUAAGGUCGCAAUGUAAAAAAAAUCGUAAUGGCCCCAAAAAUAGAUUUUAUUUCAUCUCAAAACUGGCCAUAUUCCAAAAAAAUUCUAAACAAUUCAUCGUAAUUGUUUCUUUCGAUUUUGACAGGCUUCGUGGGAAUCACGACUGGAAUAUUGUAACAAUGUGCGAAAAAUGGUUGUAAAUAUAAGCUUAAAUUUCUUUAUAUAGAAUACAUAUGGGAUGAAAUGUGACCUGGACGUUUUAUCGAGAUUCACCCCACAUUGUCGGUUCAAACAACGCCUUAUGAAUGUUAAAUCCAAGAUUUGUUCAGUGUCCUUUUUAAUAAUUUACGUAAGCCUUAUGAGAGAUAUAUUAUCGCCCUUCAUCUUCAUUGUUACCUGCUUGAUCCCACUACAUUCUGGAAAUGUAUUUGUCUUUUUGAGGAAAGACUGAAGAAGGCAUGAAUGAGUGAAUGAGUCAGGCCAAGGGCUAUUGAGCGAAUGUUUGCGUUCAGUAUCUUUGGAUUUGAAAUGUAUUAUGAUUGUUGACAAUUUAAGAAUUGAUGAGUUUUUCUGGCAGCCAGGAUUCUAAAUGUAUUUUACUACUGAAUUAUAUCCAGACCCUGUGGGUGGGGUUUUAAUUAUUAAAGGAAAAGUUCACCUUAAAAACGGAAAACUCGCGCUCCAGUCAUUCCAAACCCUUUAGCAGUUGUUGCCGUUUUUUUCCACCGGGAACACAAUUUUACAUUUUUGACAACUUUGAUGGUGUCAUUAGAGCUGCGUGAAGACUCUUAAUGUUCUACAGAAAUAAAUAACAUACGCAUACCGGUUUGGAAAGACAUGAGUGUGAGUAAAUGAUGACCGAAUUGUUAUUUUGGGGUGAACUAUCCCUUUAAAGUGGCAGUAUUGAGAAGUGCAAUGUCAAUACACAGCAGAUUCGUCUGUAAUCAUGUGCAAUGACUGAAACGGAUCUGUUCUGUAUGUAGCCUUUGUGUGUCUCUGUCUUCCUUCUUUCCAUUUCUCCCUCGUCCUUCUUUUGCCAUGCCAUACAUGUAGGAUGUCAACUAAAUAAAGCACUUCUAUGCCACUGUGGGAAGUCCAUUGUGCGACAGUUUAUACUUGUAGUAAUGGGCGGUUUGUGAAGUAUUAAAAGAAACUAGGGCAAUCUUGCCACAGAUUGUUGUAAAAAACCAAGAAAAGCUAAGAAAACCAAGGAACAUCAUUCUGUAUUUUAUCACUAUGAUUUUCCAUCUGUAAUCAUCACAAUGUCGGUACAUCUGCGGUGCUCUGUUUCCUUUUCCUUUGAAAAUGUCAACGCUCUCAUUUCUCAACCUUCAUGGUUACGUGCACUCUGACCAGGGGAAAGGGUCGCGAUGACGAAAAUGUGCAUCUAUGAUGAAACGUUCUAUGUACCUGUACAAUGCUGAAGACAUACCCAGAGUUUCCUUUGUAUAGACGCCCUUCUGUAUCAUAACCUGAAGGUCUUUACCGUUCGACACUUGUAUGCCUUUGUUAUACAUUUGUAUAUUGAGAAGUGUGUUUUGAGUCAAGCUAUUUAAUAUCUUGCACUGUUAAUACCAUGUAUGUUUCUGUACAGUUUUACUGUUUUAACUGUAGUGUCUGUACAUUUUUAAAGGCAAAAGCAUGUCCAUUUUCUUAUAUGUUCUUUUUGUGUGUUGUUCUAGCAUAUACUGUAGUAGCAUUAGUUUUGAUUCAGUUUUUCAUACUUUUUGUUUCCUCCGCGUCUUUGUGUAUUUCCGUUAAACUGUACUAGGCUUUAUAUAUAUAUAUAUGUGUGGAAUUUUCCAAUCUGUACAUGGACUGUAAAGUUUUAUGGAUCUUUACAAAAAUGUUCUGAUACGUUUGUAACGAAAGAGAGAGAGAGAGAAAGAGUGACAAAGCUUAACGGAAAGUUCUAUCAUAUUUAUUAGGCUCAUCAGAUGAUGGACAGUGUGUAAUUUAUUGUACAAAUGUAAGCAGAAAAGCCUUUGAAAUAAAUGCCAUAGUUUGUGACCUCUAAUGUCCAGUUUGGUGCGUAUCGGAGAUGACUGACGCUAAUAUGAUUUACAAUACG